UACAAUUUAAAUUAGAAAAUAACUGAAAGUCAGAUAAAUAAUAAUCAACGUCGCAGAAUCGAAAGAUUCAGUGGUAUUGCAGAUAUUCUUUAAUUGUGGUGUUGGUGCGUUGUGUGUGUGUGACUUGUGGUGCCUGCGUCGCGCAAAGUAAAAGCGCGGAGCAGAAACUGGAAAUUGCGUAUCAAAAACGACUAAUAGGCAAAUGCAAAAAACCGCCAAACUAAAUCCAUUUAAUCAAGGUGCAAGAUACACGGUGAGGUGUUGCCAAUAAAAAACAAUAAAAACAACUACUACCAAAAUACUAAAAACUCCAAUCGGGUUCUGCAAAUUCAAAAGUAAUUGCAGAAAAUAAAACCGUUCACCUUUUUUCGUCGAGCACGUUGAUUUUAAUAUAUAUCCUUAAUGGAAGAUUGGAUAGGCAGAGCAGUUUCAAUUGUUUGCGAUGAUGAGCUGGGUGUCUUUCAGGGCAUUAUUCAGGACAUUACCGCAUCGGAGAUUACAAUAGUUCGUGCCUUUCGAAACGGUGUCCCUCUGCGCAAGCAAAACGCUGAAGUUGUACUACAAUCAUCUGAUAUAUUGAAGAUCAAUCUAUUGCCAGCUGCAGGACAUAAUGCUGAAUCGCACACGCCCACUGUGAUUAACAAACCGACACCGGUAAAAUUGCCCAAUUUCUCAAACAUACUUGGCGCCAAGCAACAUCAGCAACUCCAAAAACAACAACAAUGUAUGCAACGGGAAAAACAAGUUAAAGGCAGAGGUAAUACUAAUAAUUAUGACAUCAGGAAUGGCAGCGACAUUGAAGGCGCUUCUGGCAGUACAGGCAGGAAUUCCACAUUGACCGAUACAAUGCAACAAUUACAACUCAAUUCAAACACAAAUGGCGCUCAGAGUAAGCCAAGCAAUGUGCAGCAGCAACAACAACAACUGCAACACUCGCAGGUCACCACGCCAAACAGUGUGGCCGCAUUCUUCGGCAAUAUGAUACCGCCUAAGGUAGAGGUGAAAAUGGGCAGCGCUGCAUACAGCGCAACAGGUAGCUGCAUCACUGGACCGAUGGAGAAAUACUUUAGCAGUAGCGCGGAGGGCAGCAGCAGCAGUGGCGUGUGCUGUGAAACGCCUGGCGAAAGUAAACCAAUAGAUAUCAUUGGGAAUGAUGGUGCGCACUGUCAGCAGGCGAGUUCCAGCAAUGGUCAGAAUGCCAGCAUUGGUAGCAGACGGAAUGGAAGUAUGAACAGCAAAAACAACUCUUAUGUUAACGGAAACUGUAACGCAAAUGGCAAGAACAAACAACGCAAUCGCUUGCGCCGUGAGAGCAGUAUGCGACAACAGCAGCAACAAACGUUUGGGACGGAUGCUGAUGAUUUGCCGCAGGAGGAUUUUGAUUUCGAAGGCAACCUGGCUCUAUUUAACAAGCAAGCCAUUUGGGAUGAUAUUGAGUCAACGCAUCAAAAACCAGACGUGGUGCGUCAUUCGGUGCGCGCUCAGCUAAAGCAAGAGAAAAAGUAUAGGCAUGAUGAAAACAUCUUGACAAGCAAGCCACUGCAGCUACGUCAGAUUGAAAGCUUGUUUGAUAGCAGCAAGGAUUUUGUAACCGACGAUGGUCUCAUUAUACCUACAAUACCGGCAUUUGUGCGUAAUAAGAUCGAAUUGAGCGCUGAUAAAGCGGGCCUGUCGUUACAGCGGCAGAUGGAUAUAUUAGCGCGUGGCGCUAGCGAUUUGGCUAUAACGUUGCUAGGCGGUGCGAGGCGUUUAACGCAAACAAAUUAUCACCAGUGGCCAAAGAUUGCCAUCAUAUGUGAUGGUGUAAAUGAUAAUUCGCUCUCAUCUAACAAAACAAUCAACGUAGGAGCGGCAACAGGUCGCCAGUUGGCAUCACAUGGUCUGACCGUGUCGCUUUAUGUUGAACAAGCGCAGCUGUUGGAGCAUAAAAGCGUUGAACUUACUUUGUUUAAAGCUACAGAUAACACCGUCGUACAUGCUGUUGAUUCGUUACCUACGCCAGAUCUUGUACUAUUGUCUACAAACACUUCGCAUCUUUCAGAGGGCGUCAAAAAAUGGCUAAGUGUCAAUCGAGCAUCAGUUCUUGCUUUAGAUCCGCCACCGUGUGGCAUUAAAGAUGUUGCUAUCAAGUACUCAAUAUUACCCAUAUUACCAUUGAAUGGCAUAUCUACAGCAACAAAAACAUCUUUAGUUGCGACAACACCAAGUACUUCAACGACGAUAGCUACCCCUUCAGAAGCAACAGCAAUGUCAACAAGCAAUUGUGGCAGAUUAUUUUUAUGUAAUUUAGGUAUACCGGAAAAAUUCUAUCGUGAUUGUGGCAUUAAGUACAAAAGUCCGUACGGACAUAAAUAUGUGAUACCGAUUCACUCAAAGGACUGAAACACUGAUAAGAACAGCGGAAUCAUCAACGGAACUAUAUCAUGGCCUAUACAAACUAGCACACACAGUUACACUUACAAAAAACUAACUAACCAAUCAGCGUACACUUAUGGUGAUCAUCCGAGUCCACCUUAGUGUGAAUCUAGCUUUUAGCCUCUCAUUAUUAAAUUCGAUAAUUUUAUUAUUAAUACAUAUUAGUUUUUAGCCUUAGAACGUUUUUUAAUUACCAAUGCUGCCCUGGCAAAUGGCCAAAACUGUAUUUUUGUAAUUUUUUGCAUCCAAAUUUUUUUUUAUCGAUUUCCUUG